AAAGAAAGCAGCUGUGAUCUUUUUGUUUCCACCCGUCGCUGUUCGCGCUGUGUGUUGCAAAGCACAAGUGUGAGUCGUGAGCAUGAGUCGGCGGGAGUCAGAGCGAGGGAGGCGUCGUGGCCCUAACCAAGCGAUGUUUUUCGACCAAGAGUGGCACCCGGACCAGUGCGGCUGUACGCAGUGCCACCACGAGGAGCAACAAGUCCUCAGGCAGUUUGAGAAUGAGAUAAACCGUCUGGAAGAUGAGGUGCAGAAGGCCAACGUGUUCACCUCCAACACUCCCAGACACAUCGAGGAGUGGCCGGCUGAGGGCACGGCUUCGGAUGGAGCCUCUGGUAUGCCAGCGAAACCUGCAGAUGUUCCCCCAGCCCCGCAUGACCCACACCUGGGCCCCGCCACACUCCCAGGCCAGACAGAAAGCCGGGAGAGGGAGGAGAAACGUGACUCCGAGGAUACACAAUGGACGAGGCAGCAGGAGCAACAGGGGCGCAGCAGCAGUGAAGCAGCGACCACUCAGGCAAGCGAGGAUGACGUGGGGUUGUCGUUCGCCAGGGAAAUGUAUCAACACUACCAGGUUCGCCACGUCAUGCAUGAACACUGGCCGCCGGAACGAGCGUUGGGGGAGUGCGGGGAGGACGAGCUGCACCACUACUCCAACGGUACCAUCCACCGCCAGCCCUCGCCAGACGACACCUGCGAGGAACACAACGCCAAGAACAACAACAACAACCACAACAACUACCGCAACUGUCAUCAUUCCCCGGGCAAAGGGAGAGGUGGUGGAGGAGGAGGGGGAGGGGGACGGUUCACCUCAGCCAACCAGGAACGGUACAACUCUCUCUCGGCCAAGAAAAACAAUCGAAAAUUUACUCAAGGCCUUAAAGACACCAUAAAAAGAAGGUUGGCCGCGCUCCAGAAGAGUGGCGAGGAUGGCUGGAAGAACAGAGUCAAGAAGGAUGAUAAAGACUUCAACUCCAAUGUCACCCUCAGGCCCAAGCCCUUGGGUGGCCACCGGGAGCGGCCGGUCAGCCUCAUGGACAGAAUGUCGGCGCUGGCCACGUCCUCCCAGCAGUGGAAGGGCCGAGUCACCCAGUCUGAUGCCACCAAGUUCACGGUGGCACACAAGAUGGCCUCGGCAUCUACCUCGUCAGUGCCAAGCCUCGUCAGUGGGAUGAGUACUGGGGUCACAAGAAGCCCAGAGCAGUUGCUGACCCCGACAGGAAGUCCUCACCUGGAACGCAAGAAGAGGUCACCUUGUCAGAAGAUUUUCAAGAGCAAAACUGGAGGAAAUAUUCCUUCACUCGCGAAUAAGUCUAGUCCAUCCAGCCCAAGGAAGAACUUCAGGCGCAGCAUUUCCACUCCACAGGACAGUGAGAGGAAAGCUGAGGCUCCCGAGGGCACCAGUGUGUCCGUGCCACAAGUUGAUGAUGACUCCUUCAACGCCUUCUUCAGUAAAGUUCCGGACAGCGUGUCACUCAAUUCAGAAGACGCCCCAGAACUCAACGAGGCAGACUUUGACCACAUCUCCGUCACAGCCUCCCAACUUGUGGUGAAGAGGCGCAGUGUGCGUGUCGCAAGGCGCCAGGUGGCCUCACGCAAUCCCCUCAAGGCACUGGCUGCCCGAGAGGACAUCAAGUCAGAGUAUGUGGAGGUGAAGAUGGGCACAGGAGAGAAGGAACUGCGCAGGAUGAAGGUGGAAGAAUUGUCGAAGAGUUCAUCACUGGCUGUUGAGGCGCUGGCUGGGUUAGCAUCAAGAGAGAACUUCUCAGCUGUUGCUCUGAAGAAGGUGGAGAACAGCCCAGUGGUGCGGGAGAUGCCGCCCUACACGUCUCUCAUGCUCCUCCAUGUCAAGGGCAGACGACACGCCCAGACCCGCCUGGUGGAGCCCAUCGCCGCCAACAUCAACCAGGGCGACGACUUUGUCCUCAUCACACCGUCAGAAAUUUAUCACUACAAAGGAGAGUUUGCCAACGUGAUAGAGAGAGCUAAGGCUGCAGAGAUUGCUCAAUACAUCCUGCAGAAGAAGGACAUGGGUGUGGCUUCAGCUACAACCAUUGUGGAGGUUACUGAACACUCUCCAAGUUCAAGAAAAGCUAAAUUCUGGAAGCAUCUCGGCGGUGAUGAGAAGAGUGAGGCCAAGCCAGCGGGUCUCCCUGAAGAGGACGAGUAUGUAGAGGCAGCGCUGGUGGCAGCCAACAAAGUGUAUGAAGUUCAGGAAGACUCACUUGUGCCUCUUCCUGACUCCUGGGGACAGAUGCCCAAAAUAGAAAUCCUCUCUUCCGAUAAGGUCUUGGUGCUGGACUUUGGCUCAGAGCUCUACAUCUGGGCCGGGAAGCGUGGCUGUGGGGACAACCGGCGGAUUGGAGUGGCACUUGGAAGGGAGCUGUGGGAGGAAGAGUAUGACUAUACAGAGUGUGACAUCAAUCCCAUCACACCAAUGAUGCCAAUGUCAAAGGCAAAAUUAAAAGGUACCCGGCCAGACUGGGGGUUGUGUGCCAAACUUACGGAAAAUGUUGAAACUAUUCUCUUCAAGGAGAAAUUCAUUGAUUGGCCAGACCUUGCCCAGCAGUCUAGGAUAAAGGAAGUGAAAAAAGAACUGGACCGCUACGUGGCUCCUGUGUGUGAACUUCAGCCAUGUGAUGCCAAGAUGAUGCUGGAAGAGUUGCCUCUGGAGCCUGACUUGAUUCUGGAAAUGUCCCACCUUGGCCGGGGAGUGGAGUACUAUGAUGAAGAGGAGCGCCGGCUGCUGAGCAUAUCCACCAAUGACUUCAAAGUCUGGCACGUAUCAGAGUAUGGCAAGGUGCUGAUGAGUGAGACCUCCCGCUGCCACUUGUUCACCGGUGACUCUUACGUUGUCCGCUGGUACUACCAUGUGACUGCCACUGGCAGGACACUCAAAGGAGAGCCAUCAAAACACAACGUCACUGGCAGGUCCCGAGUGGCAUACUUCUUCUGGCAGGGGCGGGAUAGCUCUGUGUCAGAUAAGGGUGUGUCUGCUCUCAUGACGGUGGAGCUGGACGAGGAGCGCGGCCCCCACAUCAGGGUCUCCAUGGGGUCAGAGCCACCAGCCUUCCUCAACCUGUUCAAGGGAGGACUCAUCGUGCAUCAAGGACAUCAGGACGAGGAACAUGAAAAUAAAGACUGGAGGAUGUUUAUGGUUCGAGGAGAGUUGGAGAACGAGGGACACCUGGUUGAAAUAGACGUGAACUCACAACACCUGAGGUCUCGAGGAUGUCUUGUACUGGCCAACCUGAAUACCGGCGUCAUCCACCUGUGGCUUGGUGCAAAAGCCCUUAAGGGAACGAGAGAUGUUGGGAACACCACAGCACAGAAGCUCAUGGAAACACCAGACUCCAGCAUAGGAUGGAAGAGCUCUGCUACAAAAAAGAUCAAGAAACAGUAUGAGGGUGCAGAGUCACGAGACUUUUGGGAAGCCUUUGGAGGAUCUAAAAACAACCAUUUCUCUCUCCUGGAUGAUGAACAUUCUUAUGACUGGACACCAAGAAUUUGGCAUCUGGAGGCAAAACAUGAUUCAUUCCAAGCCACAGAAAUUACAUGCAGCUACAGGGCAACCUCCACACCCAACCCUCUGCCUGUGUUGCAGUCAGAACUCUACUCAGCAAAACAACCAGCAUUGUUCAUGGUGGAUAGCGGGCACCGAGUGUGGGUGUGGCAGGGCUGGUGGCCGGAUGAAUCGUCUGAUGGAGAUGAGUUUAGUGCUACUGGAUCUGCCGUCUUGAGAUUCAACUUUGCCCGUCGAGCUGCACUACAGACGGCACUCAAUUAUUGUCAACUUAAGGCAAAAUCUCAAGCCAAGUCUCUGGCAGCAAAAAGCUACAAAAAGACUGAAGUGGAGGUGGCAGCAAUAGAGCCACAGCUGGUGGUGGCUGGCAUGGAGCCUUCAGAGUUCACUAAUGUCUUCCCAAUAUGGACACCUAGACCUGAUGUCAUUGCCAUCCAAGAGAAGGAGGGUCGGUGGAUGCCGGGUGGCCAAUACCUGGUGGAUGAUAUCCUAGCCCAGCUCUCCCGCACCCGGUAUUCCCUGGCCGAGCUGACCAUCAAGCCACUGCCUGACGGGGUGGACCCGCUGCAUCUUGAGGUGUACCUCAGCCCAGAGGAGUUCACUGAGGCACUAGGAAUGAACCAAGAUGAGUUUUAUAGCUUACAGAACUGGAAACAGACAGAAAUAAAGAAGAAGGCAAAAUUAUUUUAAUAAUUAUAGUAAUUGUCAGUUUGUACUGACCAGGGAAUCUUUACAGAGACAGAUUGGUUUUUGAUAAGGAGGUCAGUGAGCAAACAUAUAUUUAUUUAAUGGGUAUUUUGUACGAAAGUAUAUGCAUAUAUAUUUAUAAUUGGGAACUGCUUUAUAUUGAUGUGCAGAUUCACAAUGGUUUUAAGCUUUAACUCAGAUUUAUUUAUACAUCUGUGUGUUUUUUUAUGGAAAGUACUUCACACUGACACAUUUUACGGUUCUUCCAUUUCACUGGUAAAUUGAACGGCAAGCUUCCCCUGAGCUGGAAAAAUUUACCUAUGAAUAAAUAGGUUUUGUAUUUUUGUGCACAAGGCUUUUUGUAGCAACAUGGCAGUGUUGGUGGGGAUGAAGGGCAGGGGAGGCUCUGGGCUCCCCUCCUGCUUCCCCUCUCUCCUUUUACUAAUGGCAACUGAUCUAUGUGCCUUCUAUAUGCUAGCCUGCAUUUGUAUGCCAAACUUUAGUAUUUUUUGCAGUUUCACCUCGGUAAGGAAACAUUUGGUGAAUUUUUGGAACACCAUCCAGUUACUGUAUCUCCCAGGCAACUUUCACCUCCAGUAGUGGCCUGAACCAAACCAAAGCAGCCUUACUAAGGACAGAGUAACUUUUGUGGUAGGCCUUCAAGCGAUAAAGAAGGAAUUUGCUCUCACUUUAGGUUACCAUCCCACUAUUAAGCUUUUUUGAGGUGAUGCCUGUGCCUUGCUUGUACCUUGGUUCUCCCCGGCGAGAUCCACAUCAAUUACUACCAGGAAGUAGUCAGAAUUGUCGUCAGUCUAGUCCCAUUCAUGAUCUAAAACAUGUAUGUAGUUGGGAGGUCUGACCUUAGAAAUUCCACAAUUUUACCAGCAUCCUUUGCAGAUAUCAUCACCAAUAAGAGUAUUAUAGGGCCUGCUUGAUCUAUAGAGUAUAGAUUAAGUAGGACAGCACAGAGCUUAUUUUCAAGUGUUGAGUUCAGCAUCAACAGAAACGAUGCCGUGACUGUCCCAUCCUUCAGCCUUUCUGGUUAGCUUGUACAUACUCUAGGCAUUUGUAGCCUCUCUACCUUUGACUUUAGAGAAAGAAUACACCAUUGUUACUCCUACAGGUGGUUAAAUUAUCAUGUAAAUAUAAAGAACCUCUUUUGUAAUUUUGCUACUUACCCUGUAACUUGUACAGACCGCUACCUUCCGUGGUGCCGGCCAGUGUAUUGAUUUGUGGCCGGCGACACCACCCCACCCUCUGAUUUACUGCUAGGUUAGUGAUUCUCAUGUGUGAAACUCUGCUUGGUUUUGUGAUAUUUAUCAUGCCUAAUGAAACCAAGUAAUGAAGUGUUUAUUUUGCAAGCCUAUAAGUGAGUUACAUUUUAAGUAAUGAAAAUAGCCUUGUAAAUUUGGAUUACUUAAAACUUUUUGACCGAAAAAUGUCAAAGUUUAUUUAUAUAAAAGGAUGUUUUCAGCUGUUGCACAUCAUUCUAGUUUACAAAGUGAUCCUUCUCAUUGAUCCUGAGCCAAUGGUCCGGUGACAGGUGUGUUGUAAGCCUGUGAGGUAAUCCUUCAGUAUUCUGGCUAACAUUCAGUAACUUCAAGGGUCCAAAUCUUUCCCAUGAUCAUUAUUUAUCCUCACGUCAUUACAAUGCUCUGUCAUGAAGGAACUAUUUGUCCAUUCAGGUUUCAAAAAGUGUCCAACAGCAUUGAGUUGCCAAAUGCAUCUGCUCAGUAGAUAUUCUCAUGUAUUUUAUCAUACUUUUUUAUGUAAUUAAUUUGCAGUUUUCUUAAAUUCUACAUGAAUUGUACAUAAAAAUUUAUGUAAUUUAUGCUAAAUAUAUGUGUAUUUCCA